CGGCGGCGCCUGCGCGGUGAGGCCGGGCCUGGCGGGAGGCGGAGAACGGCCCAGCCCCGACCCCCGGGACCGGACCCCCCCCUCCCCCGGUCCGUCCCCCCGGUGUCCCCCCGGUCCCCGGCACCGGGACCCGGCGCUAUGAUGCGGUUCAUGCUGCUCUUCAGCCGCCAAGGCAAACUGCGCCUCCAGAAGUGGUACCUGGCCACCGCCGACAAGGACAAGAAGAAGAUGGUGAGGGAGCUGAUGCAGGUGGUCCUGGCCCGCAAACCCAAGAUGUGCAGCUUCCUGGAGUGGAGGGACCUCAAAGUCGUCUACAAGAGGUACGCCAGCCUCUACUUCUGCUGCGCCAUCGAAGGGCAGGACAACGAGCUCAUCACGCUGGAGCUGAUCCACCGCUACGUCGAGCUGCUCGACAAGUACUUUGGCAGCGUGAGUGGUCACCAGAGGGUUUGGGGACAACCUGGGGGGUGACAUGGGGGUGCUGGGGCCACCCCAGGGUCAUGCUGUGGGUGCUUGGCCAUCCUGAGGUCACCUAAAAGCCACCUUGGGGCAAUGUCAUAGGUGCUAAGGCCACCCAGGGCCACCCAAGGGCCAUGCUGUGGGUGCUUGGCCAUCCUGAGGUCACCUAAAAGCCACCUUGGGGCAGUGCAAUAGGUUCUAGGG